AUGGAAGAAGAUGGAGAUAAUGUCAUUGAAGUUGACAAUGCAGUCCCUAAAAGUGCAGACAACUAUGUCACGCUUGAUUCUAAACAAACGUCAAUAAGUCCUACCGAACCCAUGCAAAAAGAUGGUGUAGAUGAUACAGUCCCGAACGUGGGAAUGUCUUCUUCUGCAAGGUUCAUUGAAGAUACAAAUGAGUCAUAUGGAACCCAAUUGAAUUGUAGAAAAAAUUUCGAACGAGCGCCCCUCAUCAUAGACAUAGUCAAAUCAUGCUUUUAUAAUGGUUUAGGAGAUAUGAGUGUUGUGUUGAAGUCUAAGGCGUCGGAGGGUUACUUUUUUGGG